UUAUACAAUUUUUCCGCACGCGCGCACCAUUUGAGAGCUAUCAACAAUUCUCCCAAACCGAAACCCACCAACCCAACUACCCAACCCACAACCACCACUGCGACAGACAUCCGCGCCGCUGGGAAAACCGCUUCCACCCACUGAAAUUAUCAUCAGUUGCAGAAGAAAUUAGAGAGAGAGGGGGAAGAUGUACAGGGACGUGUCGAGCUUAAACACGUACAACUACGGUGACGCGCCUUACUGGGAUGCCAGGUACGUGCAGGAGGGAGGAUCCUUCGACUGGUACCAGCGCUACUCUGCUCUGAGACCAUUUGUUCGCCACUACAUCCCUACCUCUUCUCGUGUUCUCAUGGUUGGCUGUGGCAAUGCUCUCAUGUCAGAGGAUAUGGUUAAAGAUGGAUAUGAAGACAUCAUGAAUGUUGACAUUUCUUCAGUUGCCAUUGACACGAUGAGGAGAAAAUAUGAGUGCGUGCCUCAGUUGAAAUACAUGCAGAUGGAUGUCAGGGAUAUGAGCUUCUUCCCUGAUGAAUCUUUUGAUAGUAUCAUUGACAAAGGAACUCUUGAUUCUUUAAUGUGUGGUACUGAUGCUCCAAUAAGCUCUACACGGAUGCUAGGUGAAGUGAGCAGGCUUCUUAAACCCGGAGGGAUCUAUAUGUUGAUAACCUAUGGUGAUCCAAAAGUUAGGAUGCAUGUGUUGAAGCAGCCUGUAUGUAAUUGGAAAAUUACACUCUACAUAAUACCCAGACCAGGAUUCAAGGGGUCUGGUAAUGGUUCAUUAAAGAUGUCCCACUUGGAACCCGUUCCUACAAACGAGAAGGGCUUGAUUCCGCCAGAUUUUGUCGUGGAAGAUCCAGAUUCUCAUUUUAUAUAUGUGUGUGAAAAGAUUGACGAAACAGCCGAGCUAAGGGGCAUAUGCACAAGUUCGCUAACUGCUGAUGUUUUCUAGUUUUCAAUCAUGGCGAUCUUCAUAUGUAGUUUAUGUACUAUAAUUUCACUCUAUCAUAGCUUUGACGAACACAAUGAUCAAGUAUUGUUUUAUUUGCUCUUUGUAACAAUAUUCAUUAAGCAUCAUCCUUAGUAUCGUUGCUUGCAACAAAUAAGGAUCCUAUUGUACUGAUGUGCCAUUGUUAUUCAUUUGAAAGCUCGAACUGCGAGAAAGCGCUUGUACUGA